AUGGCACUUCUCAAGUACUGGCCAAAGACUCACAGUCCAAAAGAAGUAAUGUUCUUAAACGAACUAGAAGAGAUUUUAGAUGUCAUCGAACCAUCGGAGUUUGUGAAGAUCAUGGAGCCUCUUUUCCGGCAGUUGGCCAAGUGUGUCUCCAGCCCACACUUCCAGGUGGCAGAGCGAGCGCUGUAUUACUGGAAUAAUGAGUAUAUCAUGAGUCUAAUCAGUGACAACGCAGCAAAGAUUCUGCCCAUCAUGUUUCCAUCCUUGUACCGCAACUCAAAGACCCAUUGGAACAAGACAAUACACGGCUUGAUAUACAACGCCCUGAAACUCUUCAUGGAGAUGAACCAAAAACUGUUUGAUGACUGCACCCAACAGUUUAAAGCAGAGAAACUGAAAGAGAAGCUAAAAAUGAAAGAACGAGAAGAGGCAUGGGUUAAAAUAGAAAAUCUAGCCAAAGCCAAUCCCCAGUACUCAGUGUAUAGUCAAGCGAGCACCAUGAGCGUCCCGGUGGCAAUGGAGACAGAUGGGCCUUUAUUUGAAGAUGUGCAGAUGCUGAGAAAGACAGUGAACGACGAGGCUCGUCAGGCUCAGAAAGAUCUGAAAAAGGACCGUCCUCUUGCACGUCGCAAGUCCGAGCUGCCUCAGGAUCCCCACACCAAGAAAGCCUUGGAAGCUCACUGCAGAGCCGACGAGCUGGUCUCCCAGGACGGGCGCUAGCCUCCCGGAGCACAGCGUCUUCUCUGGAUUCUGUAGAAAACACAUCCUUCUUGUGCCAUACCGAUCAGUUACACUCACAGUCAAAGCUUUCUUCGACCCUGUUCUGUAGGCAAUAACGUUCGUCCGCCUCAGCUCGAGAUUAGGGGUUCAAACAAUGGUGACUUCUCAGAUCCUGUUGGCAGAGCCGUGGGCUGGUGACGGCAUCCUCACAAUGUCAUCACCACCCCAGCAUGUCCUAAAUAAGACUGUUUCACAAAAUCAGAGCUGUAGGAAAGCACCCUGCUCAUCACCUUCAUGUUCCACCCAGACAGAAUUGGUGACCCUUUAAAAUAGGUGGUUCCAUGAGAAUAUCAAUGUUUUUCAAGUCAAUGGAACUCUUUAAAAAGUAUUACCUAUUUUUUACGACUUUACAACCUUUGAAAUUGUUUCCAUGUGAUCGUUACGCCAGUAGUUUUGUUUGUUUUUUAAUCUCACUGAAAUGGCUCUUUGCUUUCAUGUUCUAACACAACGUACUGGGAAAAGUGACGUGACAAUCCUCAGCCGCUGGUGUUGUCUCAGCUGUUUCUUUCCUUUGACAAGCGGCAUGUGUGCCACGCCCCACUAAUCUUAUGUGUACCUAAAGCCAUAUUUUUAAGUCUGUGGUACAGCACCAGGAAACCCGCAGGAAGCUCGUGGAAGAAAUUUAUUUUAAAAGAGCUUUCUCUGUCUACCUUCACUAAAAUUGGAAUUUAAAAAUUAUGUGUUUAUAUUUUUAUUUGCAGAUUUCUUUUAAUCUCUUUUUUUUAACACAUUGUUGCCCUUCAGCAAGUCUCUUGAAUUAGUAAGAUGAUAGUCUCUUAAGAAUUCCACAUUUUAUAGGAAGUUAGAAGGAAAUCAUUUUGAGUUAAGCCAGUUCUUGGCCUGAUGCCAACUGCGGCUGGCUUGGGGCAUGAAGUGCACGCCGGGCACUGCGAUGGCGUUCACUUACCGCCACAGCAUGGCCCUCACAGGUUAGGGGAGCACCGGCGAGGAGACAUUCGGUGCAUCUUUUUCUGCUGAAAAGAGCGCACAUUAUACACACCUCAUAAGGAAAGUACAGUGUCUGAGUUUUCGUUAGUCUUCAAGUGCUGCUAGACAGUUCACAGACUUCCCUGCAUGUGUGAGCUUUUGUUUUAGAUGGAACAGCACAAGGAGAAAAACCUUCACACCUAGCGCUUUGUCUAUUCUUUAUUUCUCUCAGGGUGGCCAGUAUUUUGACUUAUUUAUCCUGCUUGAAAGCUGCUUGAGAUGUGUACUGCUGUUCUCAACAAGUGAUUCUAGUUUCUUUUGUGUCUGGCAUAAGAUUAUAUAACUUAAUGUUAAAUGUCUUGAUGCAUAAAAGAUAAAAUGUGGCUUCUUUUAGGGUCUGCUUUUUAACUGAGGUCUCGGGUAUCCAUUAAAAGAUCGUGAAAAGCAGACAUUGAUCCUUGUGCAGCUGUAGUGCCUCCUGCCCAUUGGUUUCAUUUAAAUCCAUUGACGUUGUUUCCUUGUGUCUUGAAGGAAAAUCAUCUGGGGAGAGGGGACUUCUUGUGUUCAGAGCCAGCGCAAGUACUAAAUUAAAAGAUCGCCCCAGCUGACAGUGGACAGGUCCACUUUGUGAGAACACUUCCUGAGAAACUUGACAAGUAUCUAUCCAUUUUACCAUUAUGAAAUCUAUAAUUUAAAAAAAAGUUUAGAUGCCUUCUCCUUUUGAGGGAAAAAGGGUGCUUCUUAUUGUAUAAAGCAGCGUCUUAUGUAUUUUGAUAUACCAUUGUUUGAACUUCUGUCUUUAGCUGAUAGAUCCUCAGAUACCCUUGAUUGUGGGUGUUCAGUAUGUUUGUGAGAGAGGUUUCUGGGAAGCCUCUUUUUUUUUUUGCCCUAGGGAAAAGCAAAAUAUCAAUGUUUGGAUGAUUGUGUAAAGCUCAACACGUAAGAACAUCUUUUGUCUAGAUUUUAUUUCUGCUCUUUAUUGAAGACAAACACUCACCAAAAAGGAAAAAAAAAAAUAAGUUUUGAGAGAAACUAAUUUUCUUUGGCAAGAGUAUUACUUGAUAUUUUGGCCUAUUAAAGUUUCCCUAGUUAGUACUCGGAUUCUCUAGGCUAAUUCUUCAACUUCUGUGUUAUUAUAUAGAUGCACUGUUUCAUCUGUACCAAACUGAUUUCAAAAGUACGACAUUGAAACAAAACUGGUGACUGUUUUUCUUCAUAAAGUUCUGCGUUUGGCCUCUUCACUCUUUCCAAAACGUAUCUAUACAUCAGAAAUGUCACUACUCCGAGUGUCUUUUUAGUGUGGCUUUAGUAUGGCUUCCUUUUAAUAUUGUACAUACAUUGUAUCUUUGUUUUAUGGUAAUAAGUAAUAAAAAUGUAGACUUCAUAUUUUGUACAAAAUGUCCUAUGUACAGAAUAAAAAAGUUCAUAGAAACAGCAAAAAUAGGUAAGUGGCACAAUUAUUUUUCUUUAGAAAAUAUCUGUAACUUUAUGUUUUAGUGAAAUGUCAAGUACCUACAUAUUUUUUAACAUUUUGUAAUUCAAAACUUUUUGUUUUGACAUUGUUUAUGAAGAGAAACUUCAUACACUUGCCAUUUAAUAUACUCUUUUAUCUAAUUUUUAAAAAAACCUCUAAAACAUGGUGUAUUAUAUGGACUAAAUAAAGAACAUGUGAAUUUUA